AAUUACAGAACUAGCUAGGGAGACACGAAAGAUUGAGAAAGAACUGCUCCCUUUGAAGUUUCCGCAGAUUUCAGUAGGAAGAUAAAAGUCAACUGCGAGCCACCGGAGACUGACCCCAUCUGACUCACGCAAACACCAUCGGCAUCAUUGCUUGCGCAAAUCUCAUACUGAACUGUUUGCUGCAAUCUCAUCUGCUAUAAGAUACCAUCUCCUUCCUCCACCACUGCUGCCCUCUGCAGUGCAGAAGCAGUUCAGCGAUGGCGACUGAUCGUGAAUCGCUGGAAACUCUACCCGAGCCUUUGGACUCGAGUUCCGCUCCGCCUCCUCUAUUCGAUGGAACCACCAGGCUGUACAUUACAUACAGAAGCCCCUUCGCGCAGCGAGUGUGGAUCACUAGGAAUGUCAAGGGACUACAGAGCCAAAUCAAGUUAGUUCCCCUUUCUCUGCAUGACAAACCUGCUUGGUACCGGGAGAAGGUUUAUUCUGUGGACAAGGUUCCAUCUCUCGAACACAACCAUAAGGUCAUUGGAGAGAGCCUCGAUCUGAUGAAGUACAUAGACCAAAACUUUGAAGGGCCACCGCUGUUCCCAACUGAUCCUGAGAAAAGAGAGUUUGGUGAAGAGUUGUGGUCGUACGCCCUAACGUUCAAUGUGAUAAUGUAUAGUUCGUUGGAGGGUGGAGAAGCGAUCAAAGGACUGAGUCCUGCUCUUGAUCAUCUUGAAGCUGCACUCCAUAAAUUCGAUGACGGGCCGUUCUUCCUUGGCCAGUUAAGUUUGGUUGAUAUAGCAUACAUACCAUCUAUCGAAAGAAUGCAUCACCUCCUGUUAGAUGUGUGGAAGCACGAUAUUACUGCAGGGAGGCCUAAACUAGCAGCUUGGAUGGAGGAGAUGAACAAGAUUGAGGCUUACACGCAGACCAAGCACAACCGUGAAGACACACUCAACUACCUUAAGAAGCGCUUUUUGAUCCAGCAGUAAGCACAUCAGCUGUAUGCGCAUGAGGAGCUGUCCCAAAGUCUUCCUUCCUACUUUCCUUUGCCAACAUAUCAUUGCUGCCUGUUUUCAUGGGCUUGAGUGUACUAAAUAAUAUUCAUGCUUUCUUUCUAUCUGUCUCGUGGAGUUUCGAAUUGUUCUCAGUAUAUGUACAAUGCCAUACUCUAGCAACAUUGUGACUACUAAAUGAUUAUAUUUUCAAGCCAA